GGCAGCGGCGUGCGGCAGCUGCGCGAAGCGGUCGUGGCGUUUGUGCGGCAGCUGUGCCGGACGUACGCGGCGCGCUCGGCUGUCGUUGGCAGGGUGGCGGCGGCAGUACUCGAAAGGCGAGCAGGAGAGGGCCAGAGCGGGUGCCUCGCUGUCGCCGAGGACGGUGCCAUGGCCAUCUUCCGGUCGGCGCUGAUCUUAUUUGGUAGAGAGACGGUCAACCAGGCUGUCGACCUCCAAUGGGACAUCAGCAACGGGCCCAGCGAGUCGUUGGUGGCUGAGAUGGUGGCGGCCGGAGCGUGGUAUUUGGAGCGAGCGGGAGACAGCGUCGAGGAGAUGCUCCAAGACGAGAACUGGGACAAGCUGAUGCACGAAGACAUGGGAUUUAUGCUGCAGCUCUUUGGGAUAGAGACCUGAACAAGCAUUCGUAUUAGCGACCCCUGAAGUCCGCGGGAA